AUGGGAAACAUCAUCUCUUUCUCGGGAGAGGGGUGGUCGACGUGCCUGACGGAGGCCGCCACCGGUGCACACAAUUUCAAGGUGACAAACUACUCGCAGCUCGACGGAAUCGGCGCCCUCAACCAUGUAAGCUCGAAGACGUUCAGCGUCGGUGGCUAUAACUGGUGCAUCGAUUUCUAUCCUGACACGUAUGUUGGCCACGCGUUCGCCCAACUGUCUCUCAAAAGAAGGGUGGAGCAACCGGGCGUGAAGGUGAAGUUCAUGCUUAGUUUUCUGGGGAACGAUGGCAAGGUGUACAAAGGCAUGGAGCCUGUGGCGGCAACACGAGCUAUUCUGUUCAAGGAUGGUAUUGGGAUUUUUCUUGGUUGGGAAGAUCCACUGAUUACUGAGAAGUGCAAGUUGCAGGACGACGGCUGCUUCACCAUCAGGUGUGAUCUAACCGUCUUGAAAACCAAACAUGGCUUUAUGGACUAUUAUAAUCGCACCCAAGAGGUGUGCGCCUUCACCAUCCCAACCCCGCCGUCAAAUCUGCACAAAGAUUUUGGAAGGAUGUUGAAGGACGAGGACGGCGCAAAUGUCACCUUCAUCGUAGGUGACAAAUCAUUCCGUGCUCAUAGUCACGUUAUGGCGGCACGGUCGUCGGCCUUCAGGGCAAAGCUUUUGGACCUGAUGACAAAGGAGGACCCUACAAAACCCGUCAACGUUCAUGACAUGACGUCCGGCAUCUUUGAGGCACUUCUUCAUUUCAUGUACGCCGAUACACUCCCAUAUGGUAGCGAUUUUGAAAAAAACAGGUCCAAGCUGCAACGGUUGGUAUCCCGCAACAACGACUGUGUGACGAGUAGGUGUGUUUUGACUGUCAUGAGGAAGCAUCGCACCGGAGAGGUUCACACCUUCGCCAUCCCAACCCCACCGUCAAAUCUACACGAAGAUUUUGGAAAGAUGUUGAAGGACAAGGAUGACGUCGUGGAUGUAGCGUUCGUCGUGGGUGACAAAUUGUUACGUGCUCAUCGACACAUUCUGGCGGCACGAUCGCCGGCCUUCAAGGCAGAGCUUUUGGACCCGAUGACAAAGAAGGACCCUACAAAUCCCGUCAAUGUUCAUGACAUGACGUUCGACAUCUUCGAGGCACUUCUUCAUUUCAUGUACACUAAUACACUCCCACAUGGUAGCGAUCUUCAGAAAAACGGGAUAUUGUGGCGUUUGUUGGCUGUUGGAGAUCGAUAUGGACUGGACAGACUGGUGACGAUUUGCGGAGGGAAGCUAUGCCAAAACAUAAACGAGCAAACAGUCGCGACCACCCUAACUUUAGCGGAGCAGCAUGAUCGCGUGCGACUGAAAAGUGCUUGCCUCGCAUUUGUGUCGUCGCAGGAUGUGCUCGACGUCGUCAAGGAAACCGAUGGAUUCAAGCACCUCAUGAGAAGCUGUCCGUGGGCCCUGAUGGAUAUCUUAAAACAGAAGCUGUCUUCACCGGGGGUAUGCGUAAUUUAUGCUAGAAUUUUCUCUGAAUAA